AGGCUCUACAUCCAUCCAUCCAUCCAUCCAUCAAGCUAAUUAUCUGUCCAUCAGUUAAUUCGUUCUUCUAAAUCCUUCAGGAAGUGACAUCUCAAUCGACAUGGCUGUCCAUCGUCUGAUCCUUCUGUCUCUCGUUGUGAUCCUGAGCGCUGUCACCGUCAGUGAAGGUCUGCGUUUGGCCAGUAGGCCAAAGAAGUGCUGCUUCGGAUAUCAGGAUGGCCGACUGGGACUUGCACAGGUGACCGGUUACUUCAAGACAAGCCCGCAGUGCUCCAAGGAAGCAAUUCUGUUCAAGACCAUCAAAGGCAGAUUUGUGUGUGCCAAGCCUAGCGACUCAUGGGUGAAGGAACUCAUGAACAAGCUCGACGUCAAAAUGAAUGGGAAGCAAAUACCUUUUUAACCGAGUUGCCCUCAGUUUAAGAAAUUUAAGAAAGACGGGAUAAGUGUCAAGUGAGAAAUGCCUUGUAAAAUGAGGCAAACUAGCUCUGAAAAGUUUCUUUCACUAA